GAAUAUCUAUCACUUGUGUUACAAAUUAUUACAAUUCGAACACAAAACCAAAUGGUUAAACAUCGAAUAUCUAUCCCUUGUGUCGCAAACCGUUGUCAUAUUUAUUUAUUAUUUAAAUAUAUUUAUUUACGUACGAAAAAAACAAACAGGAACUAUUAUUGAGAGAGAGAAGAAGUAGACACAGAGGAGAGAGUGUGUUUUUGUUUGUGUGUUUGUGUUGUGUUUUUUAGCAUCUCCAAAUCCAAAGAACCGUUUGCUUCGUCAUUUUUAUCCUAAACAAAAAAUUUCCCAUUUUUCUCCUUCUAGAGAGAGAGGAAAAAAAAUUGAGAUUUCAAGAGAGAAGAAAAAAAAUUGAGUUUUUUUUUUUGUGGGGUGUUGAAAAUUGAAAUGGUUGAAGUGGAAAUCCAAUUUGAAAUAAGUUUGUAAGAAGAAAAAAUUUAAUCUUUUUUUGAUGGGUGUUUAUGAAACUAUGAUCUUGUGAAAACCCAGAAAGGAAAUCUUCGAUGCGUUGAAAGAUUGAAGAUUGUGAGAAUUUUUUUUUUCGUGUUCCGUUGAUUGGAAAAUGAACGGUGGCGAUGAUGUUGUUGUAGCUUCGGAGGAACCAUUGCAACCGUUGGAGUGGAAAUUCUCACAGGUUUUUGGUGAACGUGCGGCUGGUGAAGAAGUUCAGGAAGUGGACAUAAUUUCUGCUAUUGAAUUUGACAAGUCUGGCAAUCAUCUUGCUACCGGUGAUCGCGGAGGUCGAGUAGUUCUCUUUGAACGGACAGAUUCAAAAGAUCAGCAUGGAUCAAGAAGGGAUUUGGAGAGUACAGACUAUUCUAGUAGUCGGCAUCCUGAGUUUCGCUAUAAAACAGAAUUCCAGAGUCACGAGCCCGAGUUUGAUUAUCUUAAGAGCUUGGAAAUAGAAGAAAAAAUUAACAAAAUCAAAUGGUGCCAAACAGCUAAUGGUGCUGUAUUCCUUCUAUCUACAAAUGACAAAACUAUCAAAUUUUGGAAGGUUCAGGAAAAGAAGGUGAAGAAAAUUUCUGACAUGAAUAUUGACCCUUCAAAAGCAAUAGGAAAUGGAUCUAGUUCAAGUAAUUCCAAUAGUUCUAAGCCACAUCUUGCAAAUGGAGGAUCUUCCGAUAAAUCAUAUAAUUAUCCAAACAAUGAUUUCUCAUUUCCACCAGGAGGCUUACCUUCGCUAAGAUUACCCUCGGUAGUAGUUAGCCAUGAGACCAGUCUGUUGGCUCGAUGUCGUAGAGUAUAUGCGCAUGCUCAUGACUAUCACAUCAAUUCUAUUUCAAAUAACAGUGAUGGAGAAACUUUCAUAUCGGCUGAUGAUUUGCGAAUAAAUCUUUGGAACCUGGAAAUUAGCAAUCAAAGUUUUAAUAUUGUCGAUGUAAAGCCUACAAAUAUGGAGGAUCUGACUGAGGUUAUAACAUCAGCAGAAUUUCAUCCUACACAUUGUAAUACACUGGCAUAUAGCAGUUCAAAGGGCUCAAUUCGUCUUAUUGACUUGCGCCAGUCAGCAUUAUGUGACUCUCACGCCAAACUAUUUGAGGAACAGGAGGCCCCUGGGUCCAGAUCAUUUUUCACAGAGAUUAUUGCUUCUAUCUCAGAUAUAAAAUUUGCAAAGGAGGGAAGAUAUAUACUCAGUCGUGAUUACAUGACUCUGAAGUUAUGGGACAUUAAUAUGGAUUCCGGCCCAGUUUCUACCUUCCGUGUUCACGAGUAUUUAAGGCCAAAGCUAUGUGAUUUAUACGAAAACGAUUCAAUUUUUGAUAAGUUUGAGUGUUGUCUGAGUGGUGAUGGAUCGCGAGUUUCAACCGGUUCUUACAGCAAUCUAUUCCGCGUGUUUGGCUGUGCCCCGGGAAGUACAGAGGCUACAACUUUGGAAGCCAGUAAAAAUCCAAUGAGACGACAAGUUCCAACACCGUCAAGGCCUUCUAGAUCACUUGGAAACAGUUUAACGAGAGUUGUAAGACGCGGAGCUGAGAACACCGGUGUUGACGCAAAUGGAAAUUCUUUUGAUUUUACUACAAAGUUGCUACACUUAGCAUGGCAUCCAAGUGAAAAUUCAAUUGCUUGUGCUGCUGCAAAUAGCUUAUACAUGUACUAUGCAUGAAGAAAAAUGGUUGGAAGACUUACAUAUAUUUGCUUGGUUAACCUUUUUUUUGAGGUUACAAUGAAGAAGGCUUCUUUUCCCUUCUUACCAAAUACCAACCAUUAAGUUGGAGGCUACAUUAACUCACAUACACACCUACAAAGUGCCCCUCAAAAUAUUUAGCAGGAGUUACAAAGGAUCAAAAAGUGGCAUUUUUUUUUUACAUUUUUCAUCCAUCUGACCCUAAUAUUCUUUCCUCUCCUUUUUUCUGUAUCAUUUUGUGAAAAGAAGGUGCAGUUAAUGCUUCAUAAUGUGUUUGGCUUACAAAUGAAGAAGAUAAAUGUGAUUGUAGCUCAACUACAAGAAAGAUUAAAGAUACAAAAUGUAGUUUAUUUUAUUUUUUGCCUUAGAUAAGAUAGAUAUGUCUUGUGGAACAAUGCAGUACAUCAUUUCUUCA